AUGAAUAAAUCAAAAACGAAGCUUCCAAAGCCCAAGGAUACCGUCGAGAAAACCUCUGUAAUCAAGACAUCUUUGGCUAAUACUUGCAAAUAUCCCAAGUUCGUUACCUUGAUUCAAGAAGUAGCUGACCACAUUACUCAACUGGUAUAUGACGGAUCCAUUAUUGCUAUUUACUAUUUCUUGGAGCUCCUCGAGAAUGGUGAAGAGCUACCUGUUGCCACUCAAAAUCUGUUUUAUAAAAUAUUUUCCACCUUUGUUGGCCAAGAAAAACAUGUCUUUGACAGUAUCAAGAAGGGCUUCAAGACCUUUUGUGAAUCUACUUCUCUUAUUGAACCUGACUUGGAUAAGUAUGCAAGUAAAGGAUAUAUGACCAUUGUAUCUCCUAUAGCUAAUCAAUACGAGGCAUUGGUUCGCAACUAUGUAUGCUCUACUUACGAAGACAGAACCCUCAGACGUAUUAUUAAUGUUUUAUCAGAAAAGGCUUCUCUUUACUUCUGUGGUGAUACCGUAACUGUCAAACAGCGCAAGUCUUUAGCAAAACAUGUCUUUCAACAAAAGAUAAACCCCAAGUCCUCCUGGCCAUCCAUUAUAGACUGA